GAGACUCUCUUAUUCAUGUAGAUUUCUCAAGACUGAUAAUAUCUGUGGUUUGUCUACUUCCCCGGAAGAGAUACAGUUUGCUAAUAUAGCAUUAGCAAUACCACACAUUACACAAUCGACCACGUCUCUAAGUGAGGACAACACUCUUUGCCAAAUAGUUUUAUACCUGAUUAACCUGUGCACAUCGGGACAGAGGGAAGAUGAAGUUGCCACUUUUCAUCAUCAGUGUUUUGAAGUAUUUAGUUCUAACCAAUCAAGAUGAAGAACAGCCACUAACAGGUACAUUUGACAUCAGUGAGUUCAUGAGCCAGUUUAAUUCAACAUUUCCUCCGGAUGUGGAUGUGGAUGUGGACGACCCAGCGGCUCCUUGUGAUGUAAACGUACCUGGAUUUAGCAACCUGGGUCUGAUGAUCACCUUCAUCAUUGUGUUCGUCUUCAGCAUGGUGGGCAACAGUGUAGUCGUCUACGUGGUCUGCUACAUGAAGAAAGGCAGAGCCAGCACAGAUAUCUACCUGAUGCACUUGGCCAUGGCGGACCUCCUCUUCUGCUUCACGCUUCCUUUCUGGGCAGUGGACGCGCACUCCGGUUGGAUCUUCGGCAACUUCCUGUGCAAACUCCUGUCGGGCUUUCAGGAGGCGUCGGUGUACAGUGGCGUCUUCCUGCUCGUGUGCAUCAGCGUGGACCGCUACUUUGCCAUCGUGAGAGCCACACGCGUCCUGUCCUCCCACCACCUGUUGGUGAAGGUGGUGUGUGGCGUGGUGUGGCUGGUGGCCGGCGUUCUGUCCUUGCCCGUGGCCAUUCAGAGGGAGAGCAUACAGGCCAAUGACCUGGGUCAGGCCAUUUGCUUUGAAAACCUGACGGGAGAGAGCAGGCACCACUGGCGCGUUGGCAUGCGUGUCCUGCGCCACACCAUGGGCUUCUUCCUGCCACUGGCGGUGAUGGCGGUCUGCUACGGCUGGACCGUGGUGACCCUGUUCCACACGCGAAACCAGCAAAAGCAGAAGGCCAUGCGUGUCAUCCUGGCGGUGGUCCUGGCGUUUGUCCUGUGCUGGCUGCCGUACAACGUCACCGUGCUGAUCGACACGCUCAUAAAAGGCGGGUCGCUCCCGGAAACAUGCAACACUCGCUACAGCGUGGAAAUGCUGCUGAAUGUGACCAAGGUGUUGGCCUUCAUGCACUGCGCGGUGAACCCGGUGCUGUACGCCUUCAUCGGGGAGAAGUUCAGGAACCAGCUGCUCUUAGCUCUUUAUAAACAUGGUCUCAUCAGCAAGAGGCUGCAGAUGGCUUACAGGAAGAGCUCUCUCAACAGUGUGGGGAGCAUCAGGUCUAGAAACACCUCUGUUACCAUGUAAAUAACUCUGGGCUUUUCAUUUUUAUUUGCCCCUGCAAGUGGCCCAAUGAAGAAAGUGUAGGAGAGUAUUACAGUAUUCCACAUUAAGUAAGGUCUGUAUUUAUUACUCCACCCCAGCUUUUGUUUAAACUUAUUUUUGCGUCUGUGUCUUUCUGAUUCUGUGAUUUAAUCUUGAUUGGAGAGUGAUCAUUCAGUGGGUAACCUCAAGAACAGAGAUCACAUGACACCACCACAGUUUUCUGCUUUGAGAGCAGCUGUAAUUGUUGAGAUGUCAUUGGGUUUUUGAAACGAUAGCCCUCUGAGUCUUAUGUCCUUGUACGACAUUUUAAGUCAUGACAGAGUGAGCUUUUUUUUUCCUCCUUAUGCAAGAAGACAGGAGUGAAAACAAAAAAUAUUUUGCAUACUAUCAGAUAUCUUAAUCUUUCAGACAGGAAGAGGUAAUGAAAUCAGCUGUUUCUUUACAAAAACAAGGCACAGUCUGGCACUUUGGUUUUUGUUUUAUUAACGUCUCUAGUAUCUGUUCAAACCGCUGCUGUAACAAUCAUAACAGUACUCUUUAUGCUAAAUGCUGUAAUCUGAAAACACCCUGUUAAAUAUUUUUCAUUGUGCGGCCGCUUGCAGUUGACAUCAUGUGUACCUGCGUCUGUGGUUGACGUAAAGAAGAAGUGAGAGUUGUGUUUUAAGGAGAAAUUGUACAGAAGUCACGGCUGCAAAACAAAAGUCCGGUCACAUGACUUCUUAUAUCUGUGCAAAACUCAUUUUAGCCAAAAACCAGAUGCUGUAUAUUCUCCCAAAUGACUUCUAAUGGUUCAGUUUUAUUUCACUCCCACUCACUUUUCUUACUCUCUCCUUCUCCUCAGAUACUCUCCAUUCAUAUUCAUAUCUUCAUAUCAUAGCUGUUUUUAGUUUGUACCUUAUCCUGCUGAUGCAAUAAAUCUGUAAACCUAAA